UCUCAACACUCGUUCUGACAGGGAAAGGUGGUGCUCAAAAGGAGUGGCAGAGAACGACAGACUCUCCCAUAAAAGCGCGACAGUAAUGGCUGAAGAUCCUCGCCAACUACCACAGUGCCACUCGUUGCUUGAAUAACCUGAACUACAGGGUUAGGUCUCUUCUUUUGGUUUCAAGAGACAUGGUGCUCUGGACUAUUUUGCCGAUCUCUCUCUCCCUGGUGUCCUUCCUUGGAACAUGGACUGUAUACGGGCUGGCCUUCGCCAACCGGCAUGUGUGCUCUCUCAGUGACUGGGGGCCUAACUACUACUGCAAAGAGAAUCAGACAACUGACUGUUGCCUUGUUCCUACUAUCAGCUCAAGUGGAAUAGGCGCGCCAGAAAAUUCCCUUUUCACCGCCACAAUCAACGCAGGAUCCUUUCUGUUCCUGGUGUUCUGUAUUUUCCACCAUGCCCACGUCAUGGAGAAACACGCAUGUCACUCCAUGCUGAGUAAGUUUGCGCUCGUCUUUGGUGUGGUGGCGGCGUUGGGGGCGUUCGCUGCUGGAAACUGCAAUCCGGGUUACCUGGCGCUGCUCCACUACCUGGGAGCCGCCCUGAGCUUCAUGUGCAUCUGCUUCUACACCGUCCUGCUCACCGCUCUGACCGGGAAGUGCGUGCUGACCGGAUACGAGAAGUUCCUCUACCCGUUCCGCAUCGCCUCCACUGUGGUCCAGACCCUGGUCACCAUUUGCUACACAAUUUUGUUUGCCCAGGAAGAGUACUACUACAAUCACUUGUCGGCUAUAUUUGAGUGGAUGCUCAGCGUCAACCUCGAGCUGUUUGAGCUCAGCUUCGUGGUGGAGUUUUGGUUCUUCUCGUCCUUCAUGCUCGCAAAUCUGUUGAGCAGACGAGAGGAAGAAAAGCCUUUGAUGUUGACGUUGUCCUGAUAUGAGGCCGCCAGGGUCCAGGUGGGCACAUGAGCAGUGAUGGACUGAGUACGACAUCUGGAACGACAUCUGUGACUGGACCGUGGCUGGAAGAGCAAUACCUUUUUUUCCUGUCAUUCGGCUGUGAUGGAUUUAAUUCUUUUCAUGGAUAAUGACCACUUUUAUUUCACCCUCUGGUCUAAAACUUGAUAGUUUUUCUGGGUGUUCCUUAUUCCUAACUGUAUUUCAUAUUCCGUAUUUAUUGAAACAAGCUUGUGCAGGAAACGGCCAAAACUUCAGCUGUACUAUGCUUUUGGGAAAGCCGUUAUUGAUGCUGUCAACAGAACAAAUAACCUGAAGUGUUUUUAUGCUAAAAAUCAAAGACUUCAUUGGGUGGACUAAAUAUGACCCGAAGUAUGUCAAAGGUCAUGAAAAUCGCCUUGGUUUUAGCUUCUCAUUAAAGUUUUCACCACUUGCGUAUACUUUGACACUUUAAUAAAGUUAUGAACAGUGUAAA